CCGCAAAGUACUUCCAAUGUCAAAUCACGAUUGACUCUGACGUAUUUUAUGAAAAUAUAGGUUUUAGGAUUAUGUUUGGCAAUAAUUAAAUCUUUUUCUUAAUAUAAGAUGGAUCAAAGUCAUCGGACUAGAAGGAAUGAUUUAGACAUAGACAGUUUUAGGAGUGAAGAGCCAGGAUUUGACCGGGCUCGUAUGAGACGACAGUCUGGCGGCUUUGUAGAUCUCGGAAAUGAAUCACAAUAUGGUACAGGAGGACACCAAGCAUCGGGAGCUAAUGAAAUAUUCGCAGAUAUCCAGGGUGAUGUUCCAUGGUGGAAAUCAAAUUUUUUCAUUUCACAACCAGUACUAUUUGGUACUUGGGAUGGAGUGUUCACAUCAUGCCUUAUAAAUAUUUUUGGAGUUAUUGUGUUUUUACGGUCUGGUUGGAUUGUAGGCCAAGCUGGUGUAGUUAAUGGAGUAUUUAUUGUGCUAUUUACAGUGUUUGUUGCCUUGAUCUCAGUACUUUCAGCAAUAGGCAUUUGUGAUAGAUGCAGAAUAGAAAGUGGUGGAGUUUAUUUCCUGCUAGCUCAUACCCUUGGUUCACGUAUGGGUGGAGCUUUGGGCAUCAUAUAUUGCUUUGGACAGGCUGUCGGAUGUGCACUGAAUGUUGUGGGGUUUGGAGAAUCCAUGGCUAACUUAGUCGGAUUUGAUAAUGCCUGGGCAGCCAAAGGAUUUGCAAUCGCGGCUGUUUUGUUAUUAGGCACUAUCAAUGUGGCAGGAGUGAAAUGGGUUGUAAAAUUGCAAUUUGCUCUUCUGUUGGUUAUUUUGUUAGCAGCCCUCGACUUCUUUGUAGGAUCAUUUACUACCACUCCUACUAAAGAAUUUCAAGGAUGGUUCAAUAGUACAAUUUCAAAUAAUACAUGGUCUAAUUAUGAAGAGGGAUACUCUUGGUUCAAAUGCUUUGGAGUUUUCUUUCCCACAAUUACGGGUAUAUUGGCAGGAAUUAAUAUGAGUGGGGACUUAAAAAACCCUUCUGUAAAUAUACCUAAUGGCUCCCUAGCUGCUAUUGGUACUGGAACUUUCCUGUACCUGAUGUUCAUAAUAACAUUGGCGGCGACUGUUACUCGCGACACUUUGUUGAACACCUUUUCUAUAACUGCUGACAUAUCAGCCGUACGUGUGCUCCUUUUAGCAGGCUUGUAUGUAAGCUCCAUGAGCUCAUGUCUUGGAGCUAUGUAUGGGACACCUCGAGUAUUACAGAGUAUUGCUAAUGAAAAAGUUAUACCAGGUCUUGAUAUCCUUGGACAUGGUAGAGGGCCGAACAAAGUUCCAAUAUAUUCUAUGGUAGUAGUAGCUAUUAUAACAACCACCUUCAUCAUCAUAGGAGGCAUCAACCAACUCGCACCCAUCGUCACAAUGCCCUUUCUUAUCACAUAUGCUAGUAUAGAUUACUCUUAUUUUGCACUCGCCCAGACAUUUGAUUUGCAACACAAACGUGAGAUGAGAUUUCAGGGUAACUCGCCGCGUGAUACGCACGUGUACGGCGCAACAGGCAGCGAUCUAGAUCUAUUAUUCCCAGAGAGAAUACGCCAUAAGAAUGUUGGUGAUUUUACUCCAUCCCCAACAGACCCUGCCAUAAUGAAUGGACGCACAGCUAACGGUGAUCCAACGGCCGGUCGAAGACCAAGCAUCAGCGUUCACUCUAAAAACAAGAAUUGGUACUCGCAUUUCUGCAAUAGAUGGUUAUCUUUAGUUGGGGUACUAAUAAAGCUGGUGCUAAUGUUCCUAGUGAAAUGGGCAUACGCGUUAGGCUGCCUCGCUUUACUCUGGCUUCUGUGGCUGUACAUCGGCGCCGCCAAUCCCGCCGUUAAGCCGGGUCGCGCCAAUGAGUUCCGCUUCUUCAGGUGGCUCAAGAUAUCCUUCUUGCACGCCAUUGGGAAAAGACCCCUAGAGUACGAGCAGUUAGUAGUUACCCCGGUGCACUCGGACAUAGCCGUAGAGCAAGAGAGACUGAACGACGACAACGAGGACUUUGCGUCGCGCCGCCGCUAUCACCAGUCCACGCUGCAGAGUCAUCUAGUUAAUGUCGAUAGCUAAUUUUUAUCUUAAUCAGAAUAAAUAUCGUGUUAUUUCCAAAAGAAAAUCGCAUUAUAAAAGAACUACUUACACGACAAAAUUAACGUCAAUAGUUAUAAUUCAGUUCUUAUUUCCAAAAGAAAAAUUUAAUAAAUUAUUAUAUCUAUUCAAUUCGAGUAGCCUGUAUUUUGACCUGGAAACAACGAAUUAGAAAUGAUAUGGAAGCAUUACUCUCUAACAAAGGCCGCUAAAACAUGCUUCCAAACUCAUACAACUAAACUUCAAUACUAACGUGACACGCACACAGACAAAACAAAAUAUUUUGACAAUUCAAAUAUCUGCAAAUGAAUUCGGCUAUCCAUUCAUUGGAUAACAUUAUGUUAACGGAAAUCCCUACCAAUCCCAAGAUCAACGUGUUGAUCGCAGUUUCUUCGCCCCGCCUACUUGAUCGCAGUUUGCGUGGAACCACUUUUUAACGCAAUUCGUAUACCAUAAUAUCAUUUCUAAUUCGUUGCCUGAAAAGAGUUGAACUAUAUAUGCUAAAAAAAUUUUUUAUCCAAAAAAAAACAUUCUAAUAUUGCAUUUGCGCUAAAGCGCAAAAAGUCGAUAGCCGGUUGAUUGAAGAAUAAGACUGAAAGGAAACAAGACUGUUUACUGAUUUUUUAUUUUAUUUUUUUAUUUCGGUAAAUAGAGACGCCUUGUUCAUUCUUCAAUAGACUGUGCUUAACAUGACGUAGGUACAUAACUAAAUUACUAACCAGAAAGCACAGUUUUUUUAUUAUAUGCCUAAUGACACUAACUUGCUCGCUCCUCAGUCAAUAAAUCUUAAGUUUAAUUUAAGUUGACGCUGUCAUUUCUUUGUGAUGACAAUAUAAUAAAACAACACGUCAAUAUGACAAUUUAAUUAAUUGGUCAGAGUAUGGGCGCUAUAUAGUCAAUCUGUAGGUUGAGUGGUGAAAAAAAAACCUAAAGGGUAAGUCUUGUUUUUUCUGUUGCCAAAUGACGUCAGUAAGCCACCUUGGCGAUGGGCAUGUUCAACUCGUAGGCGUUUUUUGAAAAACUCAAAAAAACCCUCCAAAAAAUUUUGUAACGCAUUUUUCUUGCUUUGUAUGCAUUGUAGAAACUUUUUUUACAACCAUAAUUGUAGAGGGCGUUGAGUACUACAAUUUAUGUCAGUGUUGCAAUCUCGUACAACAAAAAAUGCGCAUUGUAGGUGGCGCUAAAGUCUCAAAAAAAAAUGUUUUUUCACUUUUUCACCCUGAAAAUAUCAUUUUAAUGGAAAACUUUAAAUGGAAAAGUUGUUCCGUACAUAAUUACCAACAACUUUUUUAUAAACAUUUUUUUUGUAUUACUUACCGUUUUC